CCUUUCCUGCGGUUGCCAUGGUGCCCACAAUCAGGAAACCAAGGGCAAACUCUCCUGCCAAAGCACCUUGGCCUCUAAGAAGAGCAGGGCGAGCCCCGCAUGUCAUGAGCGCUCCCAGGAUUCAGAGUGAGAAGGCGAGCGGCCCGCAGCGAUCCUGUCACUCCGAGACCAAGGCCACGGGACUGCCUCUGUUCGACCCGCUUCUCUUGUGAACACCCACCCCCACACCCCCGGGGGCUGCGAGGGGGCUUUGGAGCCGUGUUUCUUCUGCCCUCCCCUGGGUGUCGUCACCACAACCGUUCAUGAAAAUGCUGCAUCCGCACCACAAAGCUCGGCUGGAACGCCGGAUGGUUGGCUCGACCAACCGGUGGCGUUUUCCCAGAGAGGCUUUCUCCGGGGACCUGCUAGGACUUUCCCAGAUGUGCAAGGCUUUGAACGUGGACUUUGAAGAAGUUUUGAAGAACCCAGACAGGUUAUGCAUUUCACAAAUUCAGAAAAUUUUCUCAGGGAACUUGAAGAACAAGACCAUCCCAAGUGGGGAGGCAGACGUGAUUCUCACAUGUCUGGGCUCCAAAUGGGAACUCCACCAGCCCCAGCUUUUCCAGUCUGAGACCUUGGCCAAGCUCUUCCUGAUGGCACUGGCCCAGGGCACCACAAGCCCCACAAAGGAACUGGAGAGGCUUCUGCGAGCCCACUUGCUUGGGAAUGUCAAGGAAAGACCCCCCAUAAAGAAGAUGAUCAUUUCCUUGAAGAUCAAUGACCCCCUGGUCACUAAAGUUGCCUUCGCCACGGCCCUGAAGAACCUUUACCUGAGCAAAGUGGAGAUAAACAUGAACGACGUGCUGGGCGUGCUGGCUUCCGCACACAUUCUCCAGUUCAGCAGCCUGUUUCAAAGGUGUGUGGCCAUGAUGAUGAACGGACUCAUGCCAAGCACCAUCAAGGACUUCUACCUGGCCGGCUGCAAGUAUAAGGAAGCUCAGCUCACCACUGCCUGUGAGAAGUGGCUGGAAAUGAACUUGGUCCCUCUGGUGGGGACGCAGAUCCACCUCCGGAAAAUCCCGCAGGAGCUGCUCCACAAAGUGCUUCGGUCCCCCAGGUUGUUCACUUUUAACGAGUUUCAUCUUCUGAAAACACUACUUUUGUGGGUCUUCUUGCAACUGAACCACAAAAUCCAGACGGUUCCAGUGCACGAAACUGUGCUGGCGUUUUUUAAAAGCUUCCCCAAGAAGCAUUCCUUUCUGGAUCAGGACGCAGGACAGAGCUUGGUGCCCCUCUUCCUUUGCCUUCGCCUGCAUGGCAUCAUCAAAGGCAAAAAUCUGGAGGAGUUAAGGCACAUUAAUUUCUUCCCGGAGUCCUGGUUGAUCCGAGUUACAGCCAACCAUUACCACGCACUGGAGAAUGGAGGUGACAUGGUCCACGUGAAAGAUCUCGCCACCCAGGCUAUGAGAUUCGGGCUGCUCUUUAAUCAGGAGUAUACAACUCAUUCAGAAAUGAUUGCCGUAUAUGGAUUCUUCUUUGAGAUAAAGGGAAUCAAACAUGAUACUACCUCUUAUAGUUUUUACAUGCAGAGAGUAAAGCACACUGACUUGGGGUUCCCAUCCUUGCUCUAUGAGCACGGCCCCGUUAGCCUGAGAACUGAGCGCUUGGUGAAGUACGAGAUCAGAGCCCAGACCCUGGUGGACGGCAAGUGGCAAGAGUUCAGGACCAACCAGAUCACCCAGAAGUUUGGGUUCGUCAAGCCAUCCUGCAAAAGCCACGCCCUGAAAGUCCAAACUGUGGGCAUCCCAAUCUAUGCAAGUUUUUCAUUCAUCUUCCCAACAUCUUGACAAUUUCCAGAAUUGGGAUUUUUUUAUGGGAUUUUUCCUUCUUCCACCAGUCUGCAGAAAAGAAAAUAAAAUGACAUUGAAGGGACCACUCAAGCCUUCAGCUGACUUUCCUAGCUGGCCAUGGUCUUAGUAGAACUUUUGCCCACUGUCUCAGUCGGGCUGCUGUCACAGUGUACCACAGGUAGGGGAACUUAUAAACAACAGAUGUUUAUCACUCACCGUUCUGGAAGCUGGGUGUCCAAGAUCAAGAUGCUGGCAUAUUCAGGGCUUGUCAAAGAAAAGAAUAAGAAAACACAAAGAAGAAAAUAAAAGCCACUGGGACUCCCAUCACUCAGAAGACUGGCAGGCAACCUCUUGGAAAUCUUUUUAGGGACACUUAUAGGUUUUUUGCCACUCAAAAUGGGGUGAUGGAGCGCAUCUUCCUUAGAACCUGACUUUUUUUUUCCCCCAAGAAUGAAACCGAAUGUUUUCUUUAACCGAGGAGCACGGUAUUUGGGGAAGAAGACAAUGUUUUUGCCUCGUCUCCAGACUAAUUGUGCUAAGUUAGAAACGUCGCUCGUCGCUUACCCUCAGUGAACAUUGCUUGUCUAUAAAAAGGGCCUAAACCAGCACUUCUGCCUCCCCCUGGGGACCAUGAGCUGCUGGGUGGGACAGUCCCUCUCUGGGCCACCAGCUGCUUGCUGCGCAGCCAUGGGGGCAGGGCACCGUGCUGCUGGCUCUAGAGAAAGAGCAGCCACGUGGCAUUUUUCCACACUCCUGUGGGAUGACAGAGAAGAGAAGAACUAGAAACUUCUGAAAAGCAAGUCUGCAGUUGCCCAGGAGAGAAGAAGCUGUUUGGAGGCUCUGUGACAGGCAUGACUGCCCACCUUCUUUCUAAGCGAAGCAAGUUCUAGCUCAGUCCUGUAGAAUAUGCAAACUCGUGAUCCUGGGGUUGGCAGGAGUGGGAGAAACUUGCAACACGGCAGUGCCCAAAAUGCCUCCCUGGGGUGAAUAGUAAAGCUGCGAGGGGUCCAAAAGCCGGGGAGGACUUGAACCUGGCAGGGGAAGCCAGCCGCUGGGCUUAUCCUGGAAUGCACAGACCGCAGCGACGGCUAAGGAAAUCAGUGCAAAGUUCCCUUUUAUCUGAAGGAAGUCGCGCAUGAAGGGCUGCUGCCGCGGUGGCUGCUGAGGUCUCCAGCCCCGGGGCAGUCUGGCUGGUCCCCGGGGCCACCGCGCAGGCUUCUCCACGCCAGCCCCUGCGCGCACACCUGCACCGGCUGCUCCUGGCAGGGGCCCAGGCUUAGCAUCUCUUUGCAGCCUCUCGGCAGCCCCGCUGAGGAGGCAGGAAAGCCCUGAUUGGAAUAAGCCGCCCUGGGACUAGGUGAAUAAUUGUGAAUGGAAUUCGUGCUGGAGACUUGUGGUUCUCACAGCUGCGGGUGGGGGGACCACCAUGGGAAUUCUGAGUAUUGUUCAGCUCUGACUGCACCUUCCAUUGUUGGGCUCUAAUUACAGCUUUUGUUUCACCAUAAAGUACAGUUAUUAGAUGCUGGCCGGAACAAAGAUGUAUUUACAGGGGGGGUGGGGGGCGGCGGAGCUGCGCUAUUUUUAGAGCUACCCCUGUUGUUAGGCUGUGGUGGGGGGGGGCGCUGCCAGCUUUUAGGUGAAAGCGAAAUGUUUCUGAGGGAGGCGGACAGCCCUGAAAAUGAUGAAGAAGCCAUCGUUGUCCUGAUCUAGUCUAAGUCAAUUGAUUUAUGUUUAUUUACUCUUGUAGCCAGGAGGGGGUGUGGGGUACACAUGGGAAGGCAAACUGAGGGCCCCCUGUAUUAUUAUUAGGCUAGGUUUUCCAGAGAAACAGGCUAAUUAGGAGAAAUAAAAAUAGAUAUAGAAAGAUAUAGAUAGACGGAUAGCCACAAAGAUACA